GCGCAGCGGCCGGCAGCAGCGGCACAGGGGCCAGAGCGGCUCCGAUCCGCAGUCCGGACAAGAUGUGGCGGCGCUGGGAAGCAGGAUGGGACGAGAAGAGGGAGCUGCAGGAGCUCAAUUCCCGGCUGCGGGUCUUCGUGUCCCGAGUGAGGGAACUGGAGGAGGAGAACCGCUUUCUGGCGCGGGAGCUGGCGGAGCUGCGGGAGCAGGAGUUGAUCGGGCUGCGUGUGCCCGAGCAGGAGCUGGCCUGGCUGCGCAUGCAACUGGAGGAGCUGAGCCAGGCGAAGCUGGAAGCGGAGCUGGAGCGGGACGGGCUGCGGCGGGAGCUGGAGCAGCUACAGCUGCUGGGCGCCGAGGUGCUGGCGAUGCGCCGCCGCCUGGAGCCGGAGCUGGCCGGGCAGCGGCAACUGCUGCAGCGGCUGCAGGGCGAGUGCGUGGCGCUGGAGGAGCUGCUGCUGCAGAUGCAGGACGAGCACAGGCACCUGGCGGAGCGGCAGCGGCGGGAGGCGGUGGAGAUACGAGAGCUGCGGAUGGACCUGGCCGCCUUGCCGCCCCCCUUGUCCGCCCUGAGCCUGGAGGAGUUGGAGGAGACCUACGAGAUGCUGCUUAGCCAGAGCUGCCAGGAGACUCUGCUGCGCUAUCAGGAGCAGAUCCAGAGGCUGCAAGAGCAGGAGGCGCAGCGGAGCCGAGAGAACCUGGAGCUCCUGCGGGAGGAGAGCCGGCAGUGCCGCCAACACCUGGAGGACCUCCACCGCCAGGGCCAGGAGCUGUGCGGGCUCCGGGAGCGGCUGGAGCAGGAGCUGCUCGCCAUGCAGGACCGCCACGGCGCCGAGGUGGACGAGUACCAGCGGAUAAUCGAUGCUCUAGAAGAAGAAAAGCAGUUCCUGACCAUGUCAAUCACAGAUUACCUGAAGGACUAUCAAGAACUGCUGCAGGUGAAAGCAGGUCUCAUCCUUGAAAUUGAAACUUACAGGGCUUUGUUGGAAGGGGAAAGCAACCAGUGGAUUAUUACAUGGAGAGAUCAGCUUAUAGGGAAAUUGCCUCAAGAUAUUAUAAACUCUUCAUAUAACUACACUGAUACGUACUCUACUUAUCAGGAAAGAAGUCAAAAUAAAACUUCACCAGCUAUCAGGAUCUCUGAUACAAGGCACAGAAUACCUGCGGCAAACAUAGGCGGUUCUGCACGCUAUUCAGCUCAAUCAACACAGAUUGGAUCACAGAGAGCAGUGAGUGGGAAAGACUUUGGAAAAGAUUUACUAGGUUCAAUAUAUCGCCCUUCAUCAACCAUUAGAAAGGAUGAAAGGAUUGUGACAGACCACAAAGAAUUAAGAACAUAUACUCCAGGCUACAGUAGCUGGAAAAACACUGAAACGCAGCAAAAGACAAUCCCAGAAAGAAAGAAAACAGAAGUUACAUCUUCAUCUACAGUAUCUUUUUCAAAACAGUCAACACAUGCUGAAAGAUCAGACAAGGACAUCAAAGCUGACAAAAAACCUAGGAUUUCUGAAAAUCUAAGAACAAAACCAAACUUCUCUAAAUUUCCAACUUAUGAGCUGAACACCAAUUCAAAACCAUCUGUAUAUGAAGAAACCAUAACUGAAACCCAGACCACAGUAAAAGAAAAAAGAGGAGGCAGCAAACCAGCUGAAGAAAGCAAAUCACUGACUAAAGAAAAAGAUAAGCUAGAGAUACAAACAAAAGAGGAGAAAAGAAAGGUAGAUGAGAAGACUGUUGUAGAUGAAAGAAGUGUUAAUUUUGGAAGGCAGAGUGAUGCAAAAAUGGGAAUAGAGCAGAAAAAAUAUGUUCGGGAGGAAGUCAUUAACCAGAAGGUAGCAGGGAGUGAAAUUUCAAGAACUUUGAAAAAUGAAUCAAGCAAAAAAGAUACAGAUGUAUCCUUCGAAUCCAAAAGCAGAGAAGUCAUUGAGAUACCCAUCAGUCUUGAAAGACCUGCUCCUGAUGAAGUAUCUCAGAAGAAUAACAAAGAUAUAAGUUCCCAAGAUUUUAAAACUUCCAUCGGAAGAGAGACAGGAGACAGAGAAACUAAGCCUGCUGAAAUUCACAAAGUCAGUGUUUCAGAAUCUAAUCUGAAAGAUGAAGAGAGAACUAGUGACAGAAGUCAUAAAAUGGAGACUCUGUCAACUGAAAAUAUAGCAGAGAACAUUGUUGCUGACAUUCUUAAAAGUUUUACACAGUCUUCUAGUUCAGAAGUAUCAACAGACACAAAAGUAACCUCUUUCAGUAAGCAAAAGCAAGGUGAUGAUGGGAAAAUAAAGACAGAGAUGACAGUGCAGUCUCGAGUACAAGAAAACAUAGAUGUUUCUGCUGAAGCUGGCCGAGGAAGUCUUUCAAAUCAGGAUGUUAGAAAAGUGUUAGAGAGUGCUGAGGGAACUCCUUCCAAACAGGAGAUAGAAGAUAUAGUACAUCAUGGCCUGAAAGGAAGUGGGGAUGCAAAGAAUAUGUCCGUUAAUGUUGAGAUUGUGGAGGAAACAGUGGAUUAUGCCACUGAUGAAAGGACUGAUUUUUCAACACCUUUUGAAGUGGAGGAAGUGGAAGACACAUUCCCUGAAAAAGAGAAGCGUUAUGGUGAUGAGGAGCAAGACAUAACACUUACGUAUGAAGAUCUUAAAAAGAGGAAACAACGCCAUGAAAGCUUCACUCACGUGGAGGAAGUGACUGAGGAAGAUGACUCACCUAUCGAACAAAAAUACUUUGUGUCUGUUCCUGAUGAUCAUCCUAUUAUUAAUGAAAAAGAUGAUGACUCAGUGUAUGGGCAAAUUCACAUAGAAGAAGAAUCAACUAUUAAGUAUUCUUGGCAGGACGAAUUUUUGCAAGGAACACAAAGUAAGAGAGAUGAAGGUGUAAGCUCUCCAGAGGAAACGUACAGAGUGGUAGGGGAGGAAGCAACUGCCCACAUAUUAAAAGAAGAGCAUCCCAAAGCUGGAACAUCCCAUGUUGAAUCUGUUGUCAUUGAAAAAGAAAUUAAGAUACCCCAAGAAUUUCAGGCUUCUAUAAAGGGGCUUUUAUCAAAGGAAACCAAGGACCCCAAGCAACAACUGAAGGAAGCUUUAGAACAGUUGGAAGGCAGUCUCCCAGAAAGUGUAAAAGAGGAACUGUCUGCGUUAACAAAAGAAAGUCAGGCUGACUCUAGUAACUUGGAAUUUGAUAUCAAAAAAGUUCAUCAAACAGAGGAGGGAGGCUUGCUGACAAUUGUUGCUGAAGUCAAUCUAUCUCAGACCCUUAAUGCUGAUGAGUUCAACGUAGCUGAGCUCAGUGAAAUAAUUGCAGGUGAGAAGAAGACAUCAUCACACUCCUUGAAGAGAGAUAAGUUGGAGAGAGUUGAUGGUAAAAUCAGUACAGAAACAGAUGAUUCCGCACACAGUGAUAUAUACACUCCUGUGGCUAAUCAAGAAGUCUACAGGUCAUCCACAGUCAGGAAGAGUGGUAGCACAGGAUAUCAUACCACUGAAAAAGUCAUUUAUGAUGGUUCGGUUUUGGAAACUGCACAUUUUGGAGAGGACUCUCACUCACCUGAAUCAACUGAUGAGAGUAAAUCUGUAAGACAUAUUCGGGUUGGUCCAACAGAAGUCCAGAGGUUUGAGCAGAUUGUAUAUGAAGGGCCUGGCUCUGAAAUGCUCAGUGCCACAGAAGAUGUUGUUCAGACAGAGGGCUCGUCAGAGAUGAGCCAUUCUGUGAAGCAUUUUAAACUGGGUCCUAAAGAAAUCCAAACAACAGAAGAAGUAAUUUAUAGAGGCCCCGUUACGACAACCGUAGAAGAGAUGGAUUCUGGAAAUCUUUCCCAGCAGACCUUUUCAUCAGAUAUCAGCAGGUCCACGAGGCAUGUUACAGUAGGAUCAAGGCAAGUAAUUGAAGAAGUGUCUUUUGAAGGGCCAGGCUCAGAUUCUCUGGAGCUCAAUAGCUCAGGGAAUCUCUCUCAGACAGAAGGGUCUGUGGAUGUCAGCAGAUCAGUAAGGCAGUUUAGAUUACACCCAAAAGAGAUUCACUCUGAGCAAGUUAUCUUUGAAGGACCCAUCUCUGGUAAAGUAGAGAUCAGCGAUUCUAGAGACUUUUCACAGAUGGAAAGUUCAGUAAGACACAUUCAGUUAGGUCCUAAGGAGUUUAUGACAGCUGAAAAAGUCAUCUACCAGGGCCCCAUCACUGAGCAUAUUGAAAUCAGCGAAGUGGGAGACCAGACCCAUUCAGAAAGCUCAGUAAGGCAUUUUAGGCUAGGCCAAACAGGAGUUAAAACAACUGAGAGAAUCAUAUAUCAAGGCUCCCUUUCUGAAACUCCAGAGCUCAUGAACAAGGGACAUCUUUCAGAGAAUGAAGGAAGCUCAGAUAUCAGUACAUCUUUCAGGCAUGUUAGAAUAACUCCUGUAGAAACUCAAAGUGAACAAAUCAUCUUUACAAGACCCAUUUCUGAAACACUAGAAGAUCAUUCGCAAACACGAGAGUCGUCUGAGAGCAGCAGCUCCAUGAAGCAUGUUAAAGUAGGAUCCAGUGAGACGUCAUUUACUUUCCAAAUGGAUGUUUCCAAUGCAGGUGGAGUACCCACGGCAGAGAGUGAAGAACAAGCAACAAUGCUCAUACCGAAUAAACAAGACCCUUCUGUUAAUCAGUCACAGUUUAGAGUUGAAAGUGACCACAGUGGGGACAGUGAAAAUAAAGGAAGUUAUAUUCACUCCAGUUUUUCCCAAGAUCAUGUUGAAAACAUAGCGGAGAAGUCAGGUUUUGAUAAAACUGUUCAAUUGCAAAGGAUGGUAGACCAAAGGUCAGUUAUUUCUGAUGAAAAGAAAGUUGCACUUCUCUACCUGGACCAUGAGGAGGAAGAUGAUGAAGAGAAUGAUGGACAGUGGUUCUAAAAGGACACCUUAAUGAAGUCUACUUGGUAAUUUGUUUAUGCAGGUUCUUGAUUAUCCUGUGUUGGUUUUUUUUUGUUUAGUUUUUUUUUUUUGUUUGUUUGUUUUUGAGAGAGAGAAACUGAGAAGUAUUGAAACCUUCUACCUAUUCAGUACACUUUUUACUUGAUUUGAAAUUGUAUUUUUGGGAGAAAUCAUGCUAUUAAUAUGUUUUUUUCCUCAGAGACCUGUUUCCAGUAACUUCAGAUUUUUCCGCCUAUAGAGACAGAAAUUUGCUACUGGCUAAUUCAGAGGAUUGUAGGUUUUUUCAUCUGUUUUAUAGCAUUUUAUUAACAAGUGUGUAUUUGAAUAGGAUUUUUCCAUUUUAAAAAAAUACUGUAUUGUACUUGGUUACUAAAAUAUUCAUCAAUUCUCUUCAAAGCUACUAACAGAAAUAUUAGCGGUCAUAAGACUAAUGAGAGUGGUAGGUAGCUGAUUUUCUGUUCCAUUUCUGUGUAUUUAUAUGCAAUACCUAAUGAAAAUAUUUUAAGGAAUGAUACAGUUAUUACAGCUAUAAAAACUGCAAUACAAUUCCUUAGGAUUUAAAAACGCACGGCAACAGUAGAGAAAAAUACUAUUAUCUGUAUAGUUAGAAUGCAGUGCAAAGAUUAAAAAAAAAAAAAGAGGUACCACUGAAGCAGAAUUUUCUUGCAGUAUUCAUAGUGAGAAAUUGCAGAGUAGUACAUUUAAAAAAGAAUAAAAUUAAAAAGUAGAUGGUACUUCCACCAGAGUAAGGAGGAGAACUCUACAGCUUCAGUGUGUAUGCACAGUAACAGCAGCAAGUUAUUUUGCAGUAUAUUGCUUACCUGGACACUAGGUGUUGCUAACGGUAAGUGUGACGUGUCGGACAUCCCAUAAUAGCUUCUUAGCACAGUGGAAUUAGCUAAUACUAGCUAUGAUCUGAAGAAAAUACGUAAAAAUGAUAUAGAUUGUGUCUGUGAUCAUUUUGUGUCAGACAGUUUCCAGAGAAUUCUUGCCUUGUUUACAAAUGAGAAGAUGCUCUUUCUGAUCACUAGAACUGCAAACCCAACCAGAGAUUUUAAUUUUCCCUUGUAUUUCUUUUCUCUGGUUAUAAAACUUUUCUCUGGCCAAAGUCGGUUUCUGCCUAAACCAUUUUGAAGUGUAUUCAUUUCACUUGACUGCACUUUGAAGGACAUAAAUCAGCUUUACAAUAAAAAUUCAAUCACUUCAAAGUUCAGGUCAGAAAUCAGAACCAGUUACUGUACUACACCGUGCAGUGCUGGCAGAAACAAAAAUAGCAGCUGAAAUGUUUUUUUCACUGGGAUAAGAAGAUAUGAAACUGAACACAUACAAGAAUAAAAAAAACAGACGGGAAGCUGCUAUAUUCACACGCACGCACACACAUGCAUAUCACUCACUCACUCACUCUCCUGUACUUUCUCUGCAGAGUAGAAACACAUCUGUGUCUGGAUGGCUAUCAUGUGCCAGGCUGGUAGUCUGUGACACAGAAUUAUUUUCCUGUGGUUCUUUGUGCACAGUUCUGUGUGUGCUAACUCAGAAUAGAAUCCAGUUUAACUGUUUUAGUCUGGCAUGGAUAUUCAAUUUUCAGACUCUUCUAAUAUUAACAGAAACUAGAUUUUUCAAAACUGACUGCUACUUUAUAAUAUGAAUGUAAAUGCAAAGCUAAAGAGCAAUAACCUGCUGACUGACGUAUCAUUCUGUUUCAGAUAUGGAACAGAUUAAUCGUUGUGUGCCUUAGUAACUAAGUUGGAAACUGUACAAAGUAUACUAAAACUAUUAUCAGUGUUCCAAAGAUUAACUCAGGAGGUUUGUCUGCAUUGCGAAUCUUUCUAUAGAUUCUGAUUUUUUCUGAUUUUAUAUAAGUACAGCAGUGUCAGGAAAGAAGUGGGCACUUUUCUAAAUGUGUAAACCACUGGUCUAUAUAUCAAAUAUGAUAUAGAAUGUAAGUAUCAGCGUUGAUCAGGAUUGAAUAUUUUUUUAAUUAUGCACCAGGAAAUCAUUUAUUGAAGUUGGAAGUGUAAUCAACAGCUGGAAGAUGAAGGAAACUGAGGUUUGUGGAAGCACCAAAGGCGUGUAUGCUGCGCUCAUCUGGACUGUUCACCAUGAAACAUGACAGCAUUUCUCAAAGUUAUUCGUAUGCGCUUAUAAAAGACCUUGUGCUUCCAUUUAUAAGUAGGGUGGUAUUAGUCAUCAUACUUCAAAUAUCAUCCUGUUUUUGUUUCCUUAGCUGACCAUCUACUUUUUUAAAAUUGUAAUGUCUUUGUUUGUUUUAAUAAUUAUGUCUGAGGCAGAAUUUUCCAGCUAGAUACUUAACUGCAAGCAAUCAAAUUCUGCACUUCAACUAUUAUAUAACUGAAUAAAGAAAGGAGUCAGCUCUGUAAAAAGCAGCAGUAUUUAAAAAGAAGUAAUCAGUGUUAAUCUUCUCGAGGUUUGAUUAUAACCGGAAACUUAAACAUUUUCUUUAAAUUAGAUCUAAGAACAUCUGCAGAGAAUGUGUUUUGUUAUGAAAAGCUACUCCCAAAGUUAAACCUUUUUUAUUGAUAACCUGUGUAAUCUUAAACAGACGUUGUCCUUAGGAUCAACUAUUCUAGCACUGUUACAGUUAUCUUCACCUGCUCAGAGGUGAAGAAACUGAAGGAUAAAAACCAGUAGGGAUUCACAUAAAUGAAUCACAUAACACCAGUGUUCUUAGUAAUGCAGGAGAGAAGAAAACAUUAUUUCCACUGAGGCAACAGCACCUCUGCAAAAAUUCCUGUAGGCAUCACAAUCAGAUCUCGUAGGCUACAUCAAGGUACAGCGCUACUCUGAAAGGAAACAUUUCUUUGGAGUACUUUCAAUAGUUCUGUUAAAGAGCAGGAUGUUACUCAGCUGUAGGAAAGUUAGUUUAUUUUAGGGAACUGGCAAUGUGCAUUAGCGUAAUGCUUAAAGAUAUGCACAGUUCCUUUGCAAGAAUACUUUGAGGCUGUGAAAACAAAUAUUUUGUAUGGAUGGCAUAAGUUUUAGAAAUGUUUAUGUAAGCACCGAUUUUCCACUUAGCUCUCAUUAACCCGAGGCAUUUUGCAUAAUGACAGCUUUUGGAUACUACCUCCAAGCAACAAAAUGUAGUUAGGUGGACAGUCACAUGCUGCAGGCCUUACAGUUGCAUUUGCAGAAUCAGGGCCAUAGGUACGUGCAUUAUUAGUAAGAACAAAUGUUGUCUAAUGUACUAACCCUAUGUAAUCACCUUCUGCGUGAGCAUUAUAUUACAAUGUGGCUGAAAGGAUUGGUGAUAUAACCUUGGACAGCAUGCACUUCUGAAGCAUACUCAUGUAAGUUGUGCUUUUCAUUUAAAAACAAACCAAAAUACAUUUAAUAGUGACUUUAGAUUUAAAAAAAAAAAAAAGCUUUAAAAUAUAACUACUAAUCUUGGGGGGUAAAAACUAUUUAUAUACUGAGAUAGAUAAGAAGUGGGCACUUUUCUAAAUGUGUAAACCACUGGUCUAUAUAUCAAAUAUGAUAUAGAAUAUAAGGAAAGUUGUGUGAGAGACUUGGAACUCUGUAUUGACUGAUGUUUGUGAAUAGCAGGUGUUUAAAAAGACGGUAAGAAUGUUGAAACUGGGUUUGUUGAUGUCAGCUGUAUGAGACUGCAGGCAGCUUGUAUUUUGGUUAUUUGAAAUGAAACUGCAUUUUGGUGGUGGUAUAAGCUUUGUGAUUUUACACUUUUUCACUCUUGAGUAUUAAACAAUCAAAAUCAAUGCAAAUGUUUCUCUUUCUUCCUGUCUGAUACUUUAAAGGCUGCGUUGCCAAAGGAAAAGAAAUUUGCAUUUAUAAAUGUCCCGUUCUAAGAUCUCUCAGACUGAUGAGCUUCAGUCCAAAGAAGGAACAUAAUUUUUCAUUCCAGGAAAGGCAUUCCUCUUUCACAUUCCUGAUGGAAAUGAUGGCAAAUCAGAAUAUUCCUUAUUGCAACUACAUUCAACACGCACGGAUAAGCAGUGCCUCAAGUUCAACAGCUGGUAACAUCAGAGGCAGAGAAUAGAACAACACAGAAGGUGUAACUCCUGGAGAUGCCAGAAUUAUCAGUUGACCAAUGCAAGUCUUAUCUUUUACUGUUUUUUAGCAAAGAAAAUCUUUUUAUGUGUGCUUAGGCUUUACGGUAAAAAAGAAUUCCUUUUCCAUUAACCUCUCUAUAUGCUUUAAAGCUCAUUUUUCUCUUUAACCACAUAUUUUAUUUGUAAUGAAGUAAAUUAUCAGGCCUUUAGCACAUUUUUAUGUUGGUAUUAUGUUUUUUUUUGUGUGUGUGUGUGUGUGACCAGUAAGAUUUUUCUAAAGAUAUCAGUCAGUUUUAACUUAUCAAGAAAAAAACAAGUGGUUCUCAAUUUCUUCCAAAACAUGCAGAAAGGUAUUUGAAGCUACUGACAAAACACAGCAUAUUCUGAAGCUGCUUAAAUGAUCAGCAGAAUAAUCUCUACUGAAAUUGGCUUCUGUCAGAAAUACACUUUCAGCAUUCAUCCACUAAGUUAAGAAUUACUGCUGCUUAAACUGUCAGUUUUGAAGAUCUCAUUUCCCUGAAACCUGAAGCGUGUCUCUGAAUAGUAAGGAAUGGUCUCACAGUGGGUUGGUGGUUAUAUACCAUUUAAUAUUACCUUUCAGUUUCCUGUUUUUGACACGCUUGUGAGUUCACUGCAAAGAUGGGGACUCUGUUAAAAUCUAGAAAAAGUACUUGAUUUUAAAUGGAAAAAAACCAUCAGUUAUUUAUAGUUUUCUGUUAUAUCCCUGCAAUGAAAUGUAAGCAUAGUAGACAGUGACAUCCCUGACAAAGAAGUUAUCCUAGCUGGAAAAAAAACUUUCUUGAAUGUUGCUAUCCUCAGAAUCAAUAUUAUCUUGGUUUAUCACAAACCCUGGCAUUGUUUUUAUUUUUUAUUUCCAAACUGUGAUGUAAAUUUGUUAUAGUAAGAAACUAAGGCUGGAAGUGAGUCUACAAACCCUUUUUCAAGUGAGAACAUUAUGAGAUCUUGACCCCUAAUAUGAGGCAAAAUUUGUUACAGGUUUUGGAGCUCUGAUAGGAAAAGGAGUGCACUUCAACCAAAUGCCUCUGACAGGUUACAAUUUAAUUUUGUAAUUCAUUCCACAGUUAAAAAAGACUAGAAAACUAAAUAAAUCAGUUGCUAAGCUGAUUUGAAAUCCAGAGGCAGCCGUGAGAUUUUACAUCUUCUGUACUGAAUUUCCGUGUAUUUUCCUCUUUUUACAAAAGGAGAUAAGAAUACAGUGGCUAAUACUCUGAAGACAAUCAGUGUAAAACAUGCAUUUAUCUCCAUAAAGUUUUUCUGGUGCUUAUCUAUCUAAGCAAUCUCUCCUCCUAGAAAUUUAUUUUUAUUCAGUAUUUCAUGCAAAGAAGGGACACUGGUUCUUCAGGAUGGCUAAGAGAAAUGGAACAAAUACAGUCAUAUGUGUUGAGAAUAAAAGCCCUGCUUUAUGUUGGCCUGGAUUCCUGAUAUUAAUGUUGUGCCUUAGGACAAUAGUCGGAAGGAGACUCAUAGUGGGUUGGAGUUUUCAGUGUGUUGGUCUUUCUGAGCUGAACUCUGUUUUGUUAAUGUUUUUGUGGCCCUGAAAAACAGGAGGAGCUAUAAAUUGUAGUUUAUUACCUAUCUCACACCAUUUGCCACUUAAUUUUGUAACGUUUACAGAUGCUGCAGAGAAGGUACACCUGUAAGAAAUUUAAUGGCAUUGCAUCAUCUCAUCAAAACAAUUAGAUGAUGUGUGACCAGCUCUGUAACUUUUUGCUGUUAUUACUUAAGCUCAGGAUUUGAUCAAGAGAAUUACUGAUUUUCUUUGUGUGAAUUAGGAACAAAACCAAAGGUGAAGGAUAUUCUGUUCUGAUUUUCUCUCGCUGCUUUGAUGAAUCAUGGAGGCGGUGACGCUGGCACAAAAUCAAAUCUCAGGCAGCGGCUGUUAGACCAGUGACACAUCUGACAUUUAGCGGAGGAAAAAGUCUGAAGAGUUAGCUAUCUGAACUGCUGCCCUGGGAGCUUUCCAACAGUUUGACUCAUCUGUCUUUUUCACCAGGCAUUUGUGUGACUCUUGUUCUUACAUUCCUCAGAGAAGUGCAAAGGAACAUAGAUUCCAACAAGAUGCAAAAAGAUGCUCAGCCAAGAAGAGAUCUAAUUAAAAACUCACUGUGAAUAUGUCAGCAGUUUCUUGAAUUGGUCUCAAUCUUUCUUGUUGUUGUGAAUGCAAAAUGAGAUUUAUAAAUGAAGAUAAUGCAACAUACUGUUCAACAUUAUACAUUUCUUGGACCCUCAUUGGAGUAAACAUAGAAGUAAAACUCAAAUGCACCUAUUUUCCACCUGUAUAUGCAGAUAUGUUGAAAAAUACUGUUACUGUGAGUAAUACAGCUAGCCAUGUGACAAUCAGACUGAAUAAGGAUACAGCUAAUUUCAUUAAACCUCCCAGUUUUCAGAAAAGCAUUGCCUCUGGACAUGUGAAUUGAGACACAAGUGUGCUUAAGGUAACUUUGUGUUUGCUACCUGGAAGUUGGGAAUUGUAUUUAUUGUAGAUGCCUUUGAUUAUACAGUGAUGUACAUCUGUACAAAUACUGCCUGUUACUUAGCUGUCGUUGUUAAUGCAGAUCAGGUUCUGCUCAGCAGGGGUUUUUGAUGAGCGCUUGGCAGAACUUUUAUAAGGUGUUUUGUUCCAGGCAAAUGGAAUUGCAGAGCCUUAGAAAUUUUCAUUAGGCUUUUUAGAGUCAAGAAAUUACUCUAAAACCCUUAGACCACAAACCAGAGCCCUAAAAGAAUACCUUGGAAAUGAAUAAAUAAAUUCCAUAUUACUUA